GCCCCCUCUCAGCCUCUCAGGGGGGGGACGCGUAGAGGGGGGCGGGGGGGGGCGCGGCCCCCCCUCAUACGCCCCUGGAUGGGAGUGCAUGAGUGCAAGGCUAGAUAGCCUUUCUGUUUUCAUGGUGUUCCGUAGCCAUGUUGAGUGUGUGGACUUCAGUACGAGGAUUACUGUAACUUUUGUACAGAUUCGGAAGCAUCUAGCAUUUACCGACAUACCUAUACAAGUUUUCAGGGUAAAGCUGAACUGUCUACCAAUGUACAAGGACUGGGAUGAGUAUACUCUGGAUUUUCUUCAGAACAAUAUAAACCAAGAGCCAUUAACUGCUAAAGUUCUCAAGGCUGGAGACGAUAAAUCUGAUCCAAUAGUGUCCAUUCGACUCCCCUCCUCCAGGGAUGCUGCUUCUCUACUAGUUGAAUGUGGGCUGGCAAGAAAGAUGGUGAUAUAGAAAUUGUCUCAGCUCAACUUGAAGGAUUACAAUUUUCUAGUUCGAAUAUCCUUUAAAUCCAGUUUUAAUCGGUUUUGAAUUGAUUUGAAAAAAAAUCACUAAAAUUUUCAGUACAAAUUGUUCUGUUGAAUCAAGGAUUCAUUUAUUUUAAAAAAAUGAUUUGUUCUGAAUCCAUUAAAGAACAAAGUCAUGUAAUGGUUUUAUUCACAUUUGUUUCGUAAGUUUAUUGUUCCUAAAAUUCGGAACCAAAUCUUUGUACUUUUUUAUUAUUUUUUUAAUAAAUAUUGUUGUUUUUUUCA